AAAAUAUAUAAUAUUACUCUCUCCUCUGCUUCUUCUGCUUCUUCUUCCUCUUCUCAGAACUUUCAGUUUCGAUCUCCUAAAAAGUUUGAACUUUCCGUUGAAUUAAAUGGGAAGCGGAAGAUAUUUAGACGACCCUUUAACAUUUACUAGAAACCCACCAUCCUCGUCUUCUCCAAUCACCGAAUCUAGCUUUCUCGGCGAAUCGAUCUCUCGCUCUGGAAGCUUUGAGAGUGAAAGCUUACGAGGAGGCGAUGGUGAUAGCUUUAGCGAUGCAGAUUUCUCACUUGAGAAACUCGCUGGUACUGUACAGUUCUACGAGAGGCAUGUCUUCUUGUGCUACAAAAAGCCCUCCGUUUGGCCCGCGAGGAUCGAAGCGUCUGAGUUUGAUCGGUUACCGAGGCUUCUCUCUUCCGUUAUAUCGGCCAGGAAGAGUAGUAUGACGAAAGAGACUCUACUCACAAUAUGUGAGGGGCAUGAUGGUUCAGAGACAUCAAAUGGGGAUGUUCUGAUAUUUCCAGAUAUGAUCAGAUACAGAAGGUUGACUCAUUUUGAUGUCGACACAUUUGUUGAAGAGGUGCUUGUGAAGGAUGUUGAGUGGUUGCCUGGAAAUUCUGAAUCUCUAAGAGGUUCAUAUGUCUUUGUAUGUUGUCAUGGAUCCCGAGACCGGCGAUGUGGGGUUUGUGGACCUUCGCUGGUUAGUCGAUUCAGAGAAGAAAUUGAAUUGUGUAGUCUCCGAGGUGAAGUUUCGGUCAGCCCUUGUUCUCACAUUGGUGAUCACAAAUACACUGGAGAUGUUCUCAUCUAUGGAUUAAACAUCAACCAGAGAGUCACAGGACACUGGUAUGGAUGUGUGACUCUAGAGGAUGUACCUCUUUUAUUGGAGCAACACAUUAACAAAGGCGAAAUUGUAGACCGGCUUUGGAGGGGUGAAAUGGGUCUGCCAGAAGAAGAUCAGAAGAAAACUCAAGAACAAAGGUUACUAUUAAACAGCGAAAAGAUCAGCAACAGAGAGGUGACUCAAGAAUCAUUUAAUAAUGGUAUCUGUUGCCAGUCUCGAGCUGUCCCAGAGCUUAACGGUAGUUGUUGCCAACAAAAUUGGAACUCCUCUUACUGUCUGGAGGAGAAUCACACAGAGAAAAAUACCCCGGAAAGAGUAGCCUCUGUAAAAAAAGCAUCUCUUCGGAUAAGUAGCAGCGAAAAUGGAUCUUCUUGUGGAUUCAAGGCUUGUGCUACGAUAUCAAUGUGGUUGGAGAGUUGGGAGAAAGAGGAUACAUAUGCUGCUUUAGCCGUUGCUUGUGCUGCUGCAUCUGUGGCUAUUGCUUAUAACUGCUAUAAACAAUUGAAAUGAAGCAAUGUGUUUUUAUAUCUAGCUUCUAUCCAAUGGUAAUUAUCUCAGUAUUUAGACUAGAUUUUUCCUCUUCGUCUGUAUAGAGUUAGAAGAGGGUUUUAACUUUUAUGUAAGAACGGUUUGUUGAUAAUAUAUAUCCAUUUUGUAAGAAAUUACUGUUUUAGUCA